AUGAUUGAAUUUAUUGAAUUCCUUGAAUUGCCAAUUGCUGGAUCGUGUAAUCAUAUUGGUGGUUUAGAUGGUGGAUAUUAUACAGUACAUGCAAAAACAAAUAUUAAUGAUUAUAAAUGCCAUUCAUUUGAUGAUUCAUAUGUAUCAGAUAUUGAUAAAAAUAGUGUAUUAUAUGAUCUAAAUAAUUUUCCAUUCAAUGAACAUUUACUUAAAAAUCAUCAUGCUUUUGCCAAUAAUCGUUAUGGUGAUUUAACAUUUUGUGAACAAAUUGAAGAUGAUUAUAAUAAUCAAGGUCAUGCAUUAUUUUUGGUUUAA